AUGGCAAGCUUGCAUACACUUUUUGUUGAAAAUUUGCUGGCUCAGAAAGAAGAUGUGUUUAGAGACUUGAUAUUAGUGCUGUCAAAGGGUACUAGUGAAGCACGGAUAGCCGCAGCGAAUCUUUUAUUUCAUUAUUGGCCUAUUCUGAAUCCACACAUUUUACAUCGAAAAACAAUUCAGUAUCGUGUGCAAGGUGGAAUCACUUGGACUUCUAUUCCAUGCCAAAAUUUGAAGUGCACUGACAAAGAACUAAGUGUUCGGUACUGUUUCAAUCCAGUUAUUUCAAUAAAGUUAGGCGAAACAGCGCCACCAAUAUUAUUGUGCAAAAAAUGUGCUGAAAUGGUAGAAGAUGAAAAAAAAUCUGAAACGAAACCAAUUUGCAUGCCAAUGAGUACUUCGAGCAAUCUUAUCUGCCAGAAUAAGGGAUGCGAAUCGUCAAAUCGCCUUGCUUUGGGAAUAUGUUUUUCUGAGGAUUGCAUUCGUUCUCAUCAAUAUAUCCCUUUACGACUUUGUCAAGAAUGUUUGAUAGCAUUGCACAGUAUGAACAAGAAAGAGCAUAUGAAGCAUUGCGGUAUUGAAUCUGCUUGGGGAACAAAUUUGGAGCGAGACAUUGUUGAAGCCAUUGUAAAACUUCUGAAAGAAACGUCGGCCAAUAUAGAAGGAUUGGAAACGGAAGGAAAAAGACCAAAAUGGUUGCGUCAGUUAGAAGGUGGCUAUACGCUUGGACGUGAAAUCGACAAAAUGACGGAUGAACGUCGAGCGUUGAGUCGUUUUGGUGUUUGGCUUCUAGCAGCUGUUUGCGCACCUGUACCCGAAGCUAGACCGCAGCUAAUUGCAUAUAUGAUGUCAAUGUUAUUCCAAUGGUUUGCAACAACCGCCCUUCUACCCAAUGAUCCCAUCGGCUCUGAGUUAGAACAACUCAAAACCGAUUUUGCAUCUGAUUGGAUCAAUCUCGCUGUCUCAAAUCAUUACCAAAAUUUCAUUGAAACCUUAAUGCCAAAUCCACCGGAAUAUGCUCAAGUUGGUGGUGUUUGGGACAAACUUUCGACAAAAAAAGAUCAAAUGCGUGAAGGACUUAACAAAUUACUAGCUAUAAUGCCGUAUGAUAUAAUCACGUUGAAUACGUGGAAUCGACUGAUACCACACUGGAUGCAAAGUAUUUGUGAAUUGAUUAAGGAUGAUGAUUUUUCCGAAUUCAAAAUACUUCUUAGUAAAAUAUUUGAACCUGACCUUUGUCCUUUACCUUUCAACAGUGAUCAACUCUAUCAGUUUAUCAUAGAUCGUUUGACUAACGGUAAUGAAAUGGAUAUUUCAAAUGCUCUCGACUGGAUCUAUACAUUAUCAAUGAUGGAAAUUUCAAUACCAUUUUCAAUUUUAUUGGAUACAUUUUCUUCAUGCGCGACACGAUUAUCACAAAUGGAAUUGAAAGAGAAUAAUGAAAAUGACUUGGAAGAAGAACACGUAGCAUUUCACGUUGCUAUGAUUGAUAUUAUUGCUCAUCAGAUGGCAUUAAAUGAUGUGUGCCAGCAGGAUGUGGAUACAGUAGCAGAGAAGAUUUUUUCGACUUGCGCAAUUAUUUUACAUAAGCCAUAUAGUAGAUGCAAGCACAACUGUGAUAAUCCAGAACUAGAUGAAUUUCUUGAUUGUUCAGCUUGUCAGCAGUCAGCUGUUGUAUAUCAAACGGUUGCUACUUUGUUGGAAAAGUUAUGUCCUAAACAAGAACUUCGCAUAUCAGUUCAUGCAGAUGAA